CAGCGUCGUUAGAUACAGAGUUUCCCAUGGCGACGGUGGAGCUCCUCCCCCGGCUGUGUCACAUGGUGAAGGGGGAGCUGGGAUACGGGUUCAACCUGCACAGUGACAGAACACGGCGAGGACAGUUCAUACGCAGCGUGGAUCCUGGGUCCCCCGCCCAACACGCAGACCUCAGACCCCAGGACAGGCUGGUGGAGGUGAAUGGAGUGAACAUCGAGGCGUUGAGACACUCAGAGGUGGUGGCGUUUAUACGUGGCGGGGGGGACGAGACACGCCUCCUGGUGGUCGACGCGGAAACAGACGAGCUGUUCAAGAGGCUCGGGGUCACGCCCACCAGCACACAUGUCAGAGAGGUCUAUGUGGACGAGCCAAUGACAGACAGCGCCCCACCCACCCCCUAUUCAACCACUGACCUCCCUCCAAUGGAUCCACCAAUCAUCAACGUCACCCUGACGGGCUCACCAAUCACAAGCGGCUCGCCCAAUUCACAGACCAAUUCCCAGUACUCACGUGGCUCGACUACCCAAUCAGAAUUCAGCAGCUCAGAUAUGAGCAUUCAGGUCCCUGAGGAUUAUGAGCGCCGUGUUUCAGACCCGUUCCUGGACAGCGGACUGCAUCUGAGCCCCACGGCAGCCGAGGCCAAGGAGAGGGCCCAACACGGCAAGAAGAGAGCGCCCCCUAUGGACUGGAGCAAGAAACAGGAGAUCUUCAGCAACUUCUGAGAACCACACAGAACCUUCACAACAAUGUUCUUAAGUCCUUCAAGGUUGGUAAAGGUCUGGCACAGGGACACACCAUAACCACUGUUGGCCGUGCGCAGUAGAUCAUCAGCCCGGAGACAAUUUCAUUGUGGGAAAUUAAUAGAAAAAGGCAGCCAAUGUUCUGUGGUGAAGAGGCGAUAGGAGGACCUCCCGCUGUGCACGACUGACGUUCGUUAUGGUGUGUCAUGUGACAGAGCUUCACCAGCCAAUGUUCUGUGGUGAAGAGGCGAUAGGAGGACCUCCCGCUGUGCACGACUGACGUUCGUUAUGGUGUGUCAUGUGACAGAGCUUCACCAGCCAAUCAAGAUAAAAGGCUGCAGUGGCCCCGAAACAACUCUGAGAAAAACACAGAAAGCCUCUGUCCCCGGCAGGAUUUGAACCCUGGUCUCCCACGGGACAAACCAACAUCUUAACCAUGAGACAAAGAGGAAAUUCCCUACAGUCUGAGGGCCAACACUUAUUGUGAAGUCACAAGCGGGGCUCCCUCAUCACGUGACCAUGAGCAGCCAUGACCGUCUCAUGUCUGCUACACCUCCAUAUGCCACUACUAUGGAUUAUUACAGAACCUUAGGAUGAGGAUAAAUCAUGUUGAUGUAUUUAGCCAGGAUAAUUGACUCAGUUCCACUUGUUUCCAUGGCUCUUGUUUCCAUGGCUCCUAAACGUUUCUCAGAGCUGUGACUUUACUGAAAGUUUUUUUUCCUUCUACAGCAACUAGUAAGAAACAUUCACUGGCCCAACCGCCACACACCGAACCCCACCCCACCUCUUCACCCUCCACAGAAAAACAGGGUGGAUUGUUUCCCAAAAGACUGAGAUGUGGGCCUGUAUCCACAAAAUGUCUCAAAGUAGGAGUACUGAUCUAAGAUCAGUUUUGAGUUUUUCUGUCAUAAUGAAUACAAUAAAUUGUAUCGGGAAGGAUCUGAUCCUAGUUUUAUUAGAUCUCACUGACUGAGGUAAGAACGUCAGGACACCACAACAUCCGGGCCGGCUUACAGAUGUGACCCCUGUGGCCGAGUCUUGCUCUCACGGAUUGGACUUCACGGUCACAGCAGAUGCUGCGCUAAGAUCUAACUCCAAGGCACAAUACAUCUACGGUUUCACGAGACUGAGAUGCCGACCACUAUUGUCCAGAGUUCCAGACUGAACUCUUUUCAGGUCAUAUUGAACCCUUUUUGGUUCCACAUAGAACCUCUUGAUCCAAAUAGAACUCUUGAAAGGCUGCUGUUUGGAACCUAAUGGGGUUAUCGUCUGACCUGACCUGGUUCCACCUGGAACCUUUCCCAGAGGGUUCAACAGGGACAAAUGGUUCUACAAUGCCCUUUUAAGAGCAUAGAAGCGAGCUUCUCAGAUGUAUAAAUGAGGUACGUAGGAACCACAUCACGUCAUAGACACGGACGUCUGAAUGAUGGACAGACUGAGGGGAUGAAUCAAAGUCAUCUGACCGUGAGAUGAAGAUGAAGUCUGACUCUGAGAAACAGAGACAAACGCUCAAAUGAGUGUAAUGGGCGUCACAGAGCUAGAGAAAGAAGGUCCAGGAUCUCAAUGGAUUUUCAGAUGAAGAGAUACGAGUUACUAAAGUCCUUUGUAAUGAGUGAAGAGGAGACACAAAGGGAAUUGGGUGCAUUGCAUUGGGUUGACUGAACUCUACUGCAUAAAUGUUGCCUAAACUGCAGAGAGAGACUUGUGUCAAUGUGUAGGCCAACAAAUGCCUGAACGGUUAGCCAUUAAGAUAAAAACAAUAUUUAUGUGAUUAUGACUGAGUUAUAUUAUUCUAUGAUAUUAUUAGCAAUUUGUUUACAAACUGUGUUCUUCUAGUAUUUAAAUAUUUGGUUUUUAUUCUGUUACAAUUUUCGGUUCGACAGUAAGACACACCCAGCUAGAUUUGUCUGUCUCUGCUGUCCAGAACAGAACUCAGAGUUGAAGGAAGAAAUGUGAGGAGCCAAGUUAAGCUCUAGAUUUGUUUAUAUUUGUUUAAUCAUAUUAGUGUUUGUGGUUGUAUCCCACUUUCAUUGUCCUCAAACAUUCAUCUCUUUUUAGAGGAAUUAAUAAAUGGAUCCAUUUUAGUUCGUUUGACGAGUUGGAUACGAAGCUAAGCUAGUUUCAGUGCAGACCGAUGUCUCAGUGCCGGGAUUCAAUCAGAUCAGCACAAGAUCUGCAUUGUAGCACAGAUGACAUUUAAAGGUAAUUAACAAUUGAGCCAACAUGUGCAGAAUUUGCCGUGAAUGCGGUCUUCUGCGAUCGCGGGAACUUUCCCUUUAAAGGUGAAUAGCUGACAAAGAGUGAUCGGCUUGAAUCCCGGCCUUACUUUUAAUUUGAUCAUCUCUCCAGUUGUAGAUUUGUAUCUAAUGUAACUAAGUUACUUUUAAUUUGAUCAUCUCUCCAGUUGUAGAUUUGUAUAUAAUGUAACUAAGUUACUUUUAAUUUGAUCAUCUCUCCAGUUGUAGAUUUAUAUCUAAUGUAACUAAGUUACUUUUCAUUUGAUCAUCUCUCCAGUUGUAAAUAUGAAUCUACUGUAACCAAGGCUAUUAUAUGAACACAAAGUGGACUGGACAUUAAUAUGAAAUAAAAUGACAAAAUAAAU